CCUCGGCUGGGAUCGCGGCGUCUCCCGCUCGCCGCACUGCUCCACGCCUGGCCCGUGGCUCCGGAGGCGGCAGUCGUGCCAGCCUGUAGUGAAAGUGACCCUUCCAUACUCCACCAGAACAUGCCGGGGUGACUCUCUCCCAGAUCCCGUGGCCUUCCUCGCUCUCCCCAGUGACACUAUGCAACCCCAGCGUGACCUGCGAGGCCUCUGGCUCCUGCUGCUCUCCUUGUUCCUGCUUCUCUUUGAGGUAGCCAGGGCAGGCCGACCUGUGGUCAGUUGUCCCGCCAACUGCCUGUGCGCCAGCAACAUCCUCAGCUGCUCCAAGCAGCAGCUGCCCAAUGUGCCCCAGUCUUUGCCCGGCUACACAGCGCUACUGGACCUCAGCCACAACAACUUGAGCCGGCUGAAGGCUGAGUGGACCCCCACCCGUCUGACCAACCUGCACUCCCUGCUGCUGAGCCACAACCACCUGAACUUCAUCUCCUCUGAGGCCUUCGUCCCGGUACCCAACCUUCGGUACCUGGACCUCUCCUCCAACCAUCUUCACACGCUGGAUGAGUUCCUGUUCAGCGGCCUGCAGGCACUGGAAGUGCUGCUGCUCUACAAUAACCACAUUGUGGUGGUGGACCGGAAUGCCUUCGAGGACAUGGCCCAGCUGCAGAAACUCUACCUAAGCCAGAAUAUGAUCUCUCGAUUUCCUCUGGAACUGAUCAAGGAUGCAAACAGAUUACCCAAACUAACGCUCUUGGAUCUGUCCUCCAACAAGCUGAAGAAGUUGCCCCUGACUGACCUGCAGAAAUUGCCAGCCUGGGUCAAGAAUGGGCUGUACCUGCAUAACAACCCCCUGGAGUGUGACUGCAAGCUCUACCAGCUCUUUUCACACUGGCAGUACCGGCAGCUGAGUUCCGUGAUGGACUUCCAGGAGGAUCUGUAUUGUGUGCACUCCAAGAAGCUGCAUAACGUCUUCAGUCUGGAUUUCUUCAAUUGCAGCGAGUACAAGGAAAGUGCCUGGGAGGCUCACCUGGGAGACACCUUGACCAUCACGUGCGAUACCAAACAGCAAGGGAUGACCAAAGUGUGGGUGACCCCAAGCAAUGAGCAGGUGCUAAACCAGGGGGCCAAUGGCACGGUGACCGUGUCCGAGGAUGGCAACCUUCACUUUAAAGAGGUGCAGGUUGAGGAUGGGGGUGUGUAUACCUGCUAUGCCAUGGGGGAGACUUUCAACGAGACACUGUCUGUGGAGUUGAAAGUGUAUAACUUCACCUUGCACGGACACCAUGACACCCUCAACACAGCCUAUACUACCCUGGUGGGCUGCAUCCUCAGUGUGGUUCUGGUCCUCAUAUACUUGUACCUCACCCCUUGCCGCUGCUGGUGCCGGGGUGUGGAGAAGCCUUCCAGCCAUCAAGGAGAUAGCCUCAGCUCUUCUAUGCUCAGUACCACACCCAACCAUGACCCUAUGGCUGGUGGGGACAAAGAUGAUGGUUUUGACCGGCGGGUGGCCUUCCUGGAACCUGCUGGACCAGGGCAGGGUCAAAAUGGCAAACUCAAGCCAGGCAACACUCUGCCAGUGCCCGAGGCAACAGGCAAGGGCCAACGGAGGAUGUCAGAUCCAGAGUCGGUCAGCUCGGUCUUUUCUGAUACACCCAUUGUGGUGUGAGCACUAUAGGCUGAUGGGGAGGUUCUGCCCCAGGAGAGGUAGUGUACCCCUGAGGGAUGUGAGGGGGUGGAAGAGAGGGCUGGCUGCCCAAGGGAGUGGGUUCCUCCUGACCACCAGGGAAUCGGUCAUGGGCACAGGAGGAGGCAAGACCCCAGUGAGGGUGUGGAUGCUGCGAGUUUCACAUAUGGAUAUAUUCAUCCUCAGGCAGAUACCACACCCCUACCCAAAGCCUUGGCUAUUCUCAGUGUGGUAGAGGAGGAGGGAUGCGUCUGAGUUGGACAGGAACGAGGAAAGGGGUUAGGGGAGGAGCAGAUUCCCUAAACUUUUUUUGAGGUCAUCCCUAGCUCCUUAAGAGAAAACCAUUUGAAAAACAACUUUUUUUUUCUGUCUCUGCCCACCCACACCUGCGAAGUUGUGUGUUGGGGGGCCUCCACAGGAGCCAUGCUGGGAAGCUGCAGUGUCUUCUCUGGUCAGGGAGUCGCAUUCAUAGCGAGUGAACUGGAAACCUUUGGAAAAUGAGUCAGGAAAAGGCUGAGACCUGGAUCAAUACCACUCUGUAAUGCUGCUGUGAGACUUCUCACUAGAGCUGUCUUCUUUCCCUGGGAGUCCUGAGUAGGUGAAUCUUUGCAGGAGCCUGGCCUCUUGCCUGUUAGUUAUGGCAGCAAUAUAGGACAUUGUGUCUGUGCCUUGUCCUGGGGCAGGUGGCACAGUUGGGUACAGAAUGAAUUAAGAGGUCCCUGUCGUAGCAUAAAACUUGUAGAUGGGGCAUAAAUUCCAGGUAGGCUAAUUCCCUGGCUGGGAGAAAGCCUUGAUUAGUAUUUGUCUCCCAAUGUCUAUCUGUCGGGACAAGAGUAGGGGACACUGAAGAAGGAGCAUUAUGGUGCCUGCCACCACUGUGGCACAAGGGCCAUACUUGCUGGGAGAACCGGGAAGACCGGCCUGUGAUGUAGCAGCCAGCCAGACCUACCUGAUCCUUCAUGUAUGCCAUCUCUUCUGUCAACCUUCUGAUGGACUCAGGUGGGUUUCUGAGCCUUCCUCAGACGCUGCUCUGCAAAGGAGGGGGCAGUUACGAGGUCUGGAGAUAGACGGGACCUAAUGUUUAUCUGCUCUCUGCUGACAGGGCUGCCUCACUCCUGCAAAGCCAAAGUGUGGGAUUUCUGUCAUCUGAAGGCUUAGAACCUAGUGGUCUUUUGUCCCAGAAUGGCGAUACAGAGUGUGGCUUAGAGUUCUGCCCUCCCCCACCAGGCACUCAGGCCGUCUCGUAACUGAGGCGGAAGGGGCACUAAACUUUGAAAAGGAAGGAAGUUCUGCCAUACCGUUUCUGUCAGUUGGAGAUCAGUGCAGUCCUGGCUGUCAGAGCAGAGGGACUUAAAAACAAACCCAGCCUUAGCUUCCAUCCAGGCUUGCAAGAUGCUUUCGGUACAGAGAUGACUCUGCCCUGCUGCAUCCCGUGAGCAAACUGCAGGCCCCAGAGGCAGUUGUUCUGAGCUUUGGAAGAGGGGUGAGCAGGGCAGAGGUGAAAGCGUUCCCUAGCGUUGGUCUUUUCCGGUGUCUUUUCUUUCUCGUUUCCUGUGGUUGGAAGUUGUCCAGGUCCUCUAGUUUCCUGACCUGCUUUUGAGGUUCUAAGGGGUGUUGUUUACCUGUGGGUGAGGGCUGCUUAGUGCUGGGAGGGCCUGUCAGGCUGCUUAGAAGGACUGAGGAAGAGAAACUGAAGUAAACAUUGUCCCCUGUCUGCUCCUGGGAUCUCAAGGCUGCUGUCCAUCUUUUAUUAGUAACCUAGUUUUAUCAAGAGAGAGGUGCAGCGAUCCCCUUUAAGUAGUUGCAUGCUCCUGGGUACGCAUGCUCCUAGGUAUGCAUGCACACCAGCACCUUGACCUCCACCAGGACAGUGGGUCUGGGGCCCCCUCCGAUGCCAUCAUUCUAGAACAGCUUCCACCCACGCACACAACUUCUCACACAGUUUUCUUGCACUGCAGGAGAGACAGUGACCAUGCCAGGCUCCUCAAAUGCACAAUCUCUUGUACUUUAAUUUCUGAACACCCUGAACUUUUACCCAUAUCUCCAUGGAGCUGAAUCACUUUUCUGCAGAUGCUGGAGUUAGGGGGGACCACACACUGGAGCUUUUGGGAGGUUAGUGAGGUACUAGCUGGUUCAUCGGACUCCUCAGGAACUCUCCUUAAAAACUAUGUUUCUAUAAGACAGGAGGCUAGAACCAGAGCACCGAAGGACUCCGAAGGAUGCUGGUGGAGGCUAAGCAGCUCUGAAUUGUUCUUCCUGUGUCCUAAUAGACAAGGGUUAGAGAGGAAUCGGUUGUAUUCCAAAGACUUCUGGGCACUUUGUCACCAGAGGUCCAAGAGCCAGACCUCCAUCAGCAGACUCACAAGGAAAUGAGAAAAUCUCUUAGGUGGCAGCAUCCUCUCCUGAUACCAUCAAGGGUGGUGAGACUCUUUAAAAUGAAAGUCAAAUGAAAUUUGCCUUCUGGGGCAUUCUAGCUGAGCUUCUGAGGGCCAGGAGGGUCAUUUUCUUUUUAAGUCCUACUCUGAAGCCUAGCUCUCCCUACUAUAUCCGCUAACUCGGGCCCUAGUUCAAGACACCUGCAGGACAUGUCUGGACGCUCUACCAGGACAUUUAACUGAUUGGUCUCUCCUCGUGGUUUCAGUUCUUAUGACCCAACUUUGUCCUUGUAGGGGGGUGUACAUGUAUGUCUGUAUUCCAAAAACAUAUGAUCCCAUUAGACCUUGGGAAAAAAACGGCCAGGUGUAGAUAGAAGAAAGGCUGGCCUUCACCCCAUCUAUACUCAUAAACUAUCUCCCAGGAAGGAGAAGCAGGUUCCUCUGGAGACAGGAUGUGACAGGACUCUACAGUCUGUGUAAUUAUCUGUGAUCUUUUUCUUUGCUGUAUCUAUGGGGCCCCUGGAGGAGGCCAGGAAGGGUAGACCUGUCUGGGGAGAACAAAGCUGAUUUCCGGGUGUGUAUGUGUCUUUGCCUUGUAAUUCUCUCUUUCUGUGUCUAGGACUCUUCCUCCCACUGUGUACACCAGGCUGGCAAACCUCGGAGCCCACGGGCUCUGGAACUAGACAAUGACCAUUAAACCUGGCUUGAGUCUCUGCUCUGGCACA